AAGGAAGACAAAGAAGUGUUGUUACUUCCUUCGCGGGACUCAACUAGAUUAACUGAAUGGCAGCUUGAUGGCUUAGCCCGUGCUCGUGUGUCUGCAUAUUUGUCCAACAUCAAGAUUACAUUACAGUCCCUGUGUGAAUUGGUUGGUGAGAUCAGCAACAUGGUAAUCAGUGAUGAAGUUGGAGGAUGGGUGUGGGGUGCAGUGGAGGAGUGGAGGGAAUGUAGCAGUGCAGCAAGAGAAGGCAGGCUGCAAGAGGCAACUUUUUACUGUGGUCGAUCCUUCACCCAGGCUGAUGCUGCCUUCUUCCACCCAUCAUUGUUAGCACUUCUGUAUUUUCCGGAUAACCAAAAGUAUGCCAUCUAUGUUCCACUGUUUCUGCCAGUGAGCAUCCCUGUCAUCUUGUCCUUCAAAAUGCUCCUUGGGCUGUACAAAGGGUCUGUAGCCUUGAAAGUAAAAGAAGAAUAAAAGAGUUUUGUAAUUCAUUCAAUAUGCAACAAGAGAAAUAAUGUUUGUUUUUGGGUUCCAAGUUUACAAAAAAUUACUGUUGCAUAGAUCACUUGCAUUGACUUUGAGUUCAAAGCACUAAUUUCACCAGUGCCAUGUCUACUGCAAUGCAUAUAACAUCAUAGAAAAUAUAAUUGUUGGUACUCUUUGUUGAAAAAGUGAAUAUGAACAAAUUAAGAGUUUUACUGUUCUAAGCAGGUAUAUUUCUGUUUAAUGUGUUACUGAUUCUUAUUAUGACUAUUUUCUUAUGCAUAUAUGGACAGAAAUAAUUUUUCUUCAACUUUUUUAUAUCAGCAUUGUAAUUUCAAAAUGUCACUGGCAAUGCAUCUGAACAUAUAGUGUGAUAUAUGUCCCAGGGCAUUCCAACUUAUGGCUUGAGAUAUAGCACUUUCAGAGUUUCAGAGAUUAGUUUUCCUAGGCCUUACUAGGUUUGAGAUGUAGACAACAACUCAAUAACAUAUUUAAAGAUAGAUUUAGAUGAGGACAAAUGAGUUCCCCACAUCAAGUCAUUGAUUGCACAUUUGAAAAAACUAGUUGAAAAUUGUGAAUUAUGAGGCCUUGCUAUCUGUUCUUUUUCUUCCCUGUAAGGCAGAUAACAAUAAAAUGCAGAAUGCAUUCCUUUUGUAUGGGAAAGAAGGAAUGCCUCUCAUGUCCUUGUAUUAAAGUAAUCAGUCUUUCGUAUAAUGUAUGGGCCAAGUAGUCAGGUAAUAACCAUGUAUAACCACUGCUUUCAAUAUUGCUCUUGGCAACAUAUUAGCUUGUAGGGUAAUUGGAUAGUAAUGAUGAUGGUUUUGGAAGUGAAACAGAUUGCAAGUCCAUUAUAGAUAGGCAAACUUGUUGAGCAAUACAGAAAUGGUAUUAAUUGUGUUGCACCCAUAUU